UUUAAAAUUAGUUGCACGGUCAAAUAAAUCAGACGCCACUGAUCCCUAUCUGAAGUAUUUUAAGGCUUGUGGAGGAAGAGAAUGGACUCAAAAGGAGAAAAGCAGAAAGAGAAAGGAAUGCAGAGCUUCCAGGAUAUAUGAACUCGACACGAAGGACAUUUUUCAGCCAUGGCCUCCAUGUGGCUUGACUUUUGUGUGCAGUCUUGACAAUCGAUAUCGGUUUUACCCUCUGAGAAAAGACUCAGGGGCUCGAACGCAGCAGAAUCAGCCACCUGAGAAGACCUAACCUGGCAGAUCAUCGACAAUCAUGGAGGACUCGUGCAUGGGAUGGGACCAGCCCGAGCGUAACAUCAGCAACCCUUCGAUGUGUAAUCAGAGCAUGCGUAGAUCGUCGCCGUAUUCUCCGGAAGCGACGGCAGCCUUCGCGACGGCCAUCACGCUCAUGAUCCUGUUCACCAUUGUGGGAAACAUCCUGGUAAUAAUCGCUGUGCUGACCAGUCGCUCAUUGAGAGGUCCGCAGAACCUCUUUCUGGUGUCGCUGGCGGCAGCGGACAUCCUGGUGGCCACUCUGAUCAUCCCGUUCUCGCUAGCCAAUGAACUCAUGGGGUACUGGUACUUCCGGUCAGUCUGGUGCGAGAUCUAUCUAGCGCUGGACGUCCUGUUUUGUACGUCCUCCAUUGUGCACCUGUGCGCUAUCAGUCUGGACAGGUACAUGUCCAUCUCCCGAGCUGUGACGUACGGCCCGAAGAGGACACCGCGACGGAUCAAGUGCGCCAUCUUGGUAGUGUGGCUCAUUUCAGCCGUCAUCUCGUUCCCUCCGCUGCUUUCCAUGAACAAGAACAAAGGCAAUUCGAAUUCAGGGGAGGGUCCUCAGUGCCAGCUUAACAACGAGCGCUGGUACAUCCUGUACUCCACCAUCGGGUCAUUCUUCGCACCCUGCCUCAUCAUGAUCCUGGUCUACAUGCGCAUUUAUCAAAUCGCCAAGCAGCGGACGAGGUGCCCACCGGGCGAGCCGAGGAAGGAGAUACCCCCUGGUGCCCAGAGUCCGAGUCCAAAAGAUCUCCAAAAUGGACAAGACGCGAAUACACCAUGCGUGGCUCAGAAAAACCCAAGACCUCCCACUCUGCCCGUACUUCAAAAUCUUCCUUACUCCUCAAAUCAUCCAGCAAGUGACAACACCCUACAACCACCCCUUUCCCCCUCAAGAGCCCUGACUCCCCACACACCAUCAUCACCAGUGGGCCAAAUGCCAACCCUUUCAACAUCGACCUGCACCGUCCAGAAGACGGACGGCGCAAAGAAGAAGAACAAACGCAGCCAAAAGAAGCCAGACAACAACAACGGUGAGACGUCAAGCUCUGAUUCAGACACCGAGCAUGGAGUCGGGGACGAGAUACAAGCUCCUCCGGGUGCAGAUCUCGACGCAGGCGUCCACUCACCGGCUACUAUUCAGAAAUACAGAGACAUGAUCGCUACAGCAAGGGGGACCAAGCUGGUACCGAGGAAACCCAAGCAGGACGGGACCUCCAAUUCCGCCCGGCGCAAGGCCAUGGUCAACCGAGAGAAACGCUUCACCUUCGUUCUAGCCGUGGUCAUCGGGGUGUUUGUGGUGUGCUGGUUUCCGUUCUUCUUCUCGUACAGCCUGCAGGCGAUCUGUCCCGAGAUGUGCAAGCUGCCGGACCCUCUUUUUACUUUCUUCUUUUGGAUCGGGUACUGCAAUAGCUGCCUCAACCCGGUCAUCUACACCAUCUUCAACAAAGACUUCCGCAGAGCCUUCAAAAAGAUCCUCUGCAAGAACACCAAGGGUACGUUCUUUUAACAGAGACAUCCAGUACAACAAUAUGAACUUUAUUAAUUAGAGAAAAGCACAAUAACGUCUUUGUAACUGUAUAUAAAAGGGCUUUUUGUGUAGCCCUGUGAAUCAAUGACACUCUGCAACCACAAGUCUCUUUAUGUUUUUUUCUUCUACGGUGAAUUCAUGGACAUUUCCUGGGAACGUACACUUGAGUGGAUUUGAUCUUAAACGAGGCGAAUUGUUCACCUGUCCAGAUCGAAAAAUGCAAAUCUGAACCGUGUUUACCUUCCUGUGUUUUUCUGAGAACGCCCUCCCUCGGUUCCCUCAGGGAUUGUACGUGCACGAGUUUCAAUUUCAAUUCCCAAAUCUUCUUGGAACCCCAGAGCAUCCUCCGGUACACCCGAGCCUGCACAGAUUCACCCGCGAUACCUGUCAAGCUUUUAAUCUGCCUUAAGAAACACAGCAAGCAAUGACAAAAACGCCCUGGUGGAACACCUCGCCCGAGGCUAAACGCAUCGACGUGACUGAUGUUGGAUUAACGGGGGGAGUCGAGCCAAAAAGCGGAUAAGUCGCACCGGGCCGGUUUGCCGGUUUGUGAUUCCCCGGUCUCGCUCAGAUCUCAGCUGCUUCAUGGGUGAAUACAAAGCACAAAAAAUGUGGACCAAAGCCUGCUUCAUUAUCUUCUCCAGCCAGGUUAUCUUGGCCUGCUGUGAACACGGAUGCUCUGAGGCCCCGCCUGCUCAGCGGUAGAUAAGGACGAGGACAUUAAAACGGGCGCCGUGCAGUCAGCGUUCGCCGACCCUCGAGACUGAGUCGGACUCUCUUAUUGAUAAUUAGCCUCCUCUGUGACAUCUAGAACUGUUUUAUGGGACCGUUUUUCACGAUUUUUGAACAAGAACUCUGCCCUAAACAGGCACUCUCGCACCCUGACUCGAACAGGGUGAUACUUUGGGACUAAGGGCUGAUGGCAAUGACACUUCCUGUUUAAUUUCCGCUUCUCUGCCACUUAUUCCACGCUCGAAAGUGCGGGUGUGAAUGUGCGAGAAACUAUCCGCACUUGCACGGUGAGCGCAUGUUGUUGUGUGCGAGUGCCUCCUAUGUGAAGCGCGAAUGCCAGUGCGUGCUGCGAGCGAGUGUGUGUGCGACUGCAACGUGCAGGGACAUUUUUUUUUUUUGGAAAAUGUGCUGGGUAGAAUGAAUAAUCACGGUUGACAAAUGUGUUUUGAUUCACAUGUUCAGCAUGCCUUCCUCUGCUCGCUUGUGCCAGCGCCUUCCAGUGCCGCUCCUUUUUUGUGCCAGUUGUCUUACGUUUGGCUGCUAAACCAUGUCUUAUUAUCCAAAUCACACAAGAAUGGCUCAAGUGAUGUUUCAUUCCAAAGCAACUCUUUUAAGAUUAUGAUUAAAUAUAUAUUUGAGGAUUUGAGAAUAUGAAGCCAGAGCUGUGAAUUUUGCUUUCAUGUUGUUUUUUAUUUAUUUCUGUUUUGCCCAUGAUUAUUAAUUAAUGCCAGUUUGUUAUGCAUUGUAGGGGUGGGCGAAAUGACAAGAAUAUCAUAUUGUGAUACAUGAAAACCUUUCACAAAUGUUGAUGUGUACCAGAUAUUUAUUUACAGAGAAGUAAAAUACAGAAAACAAAGUUGUAACAUCAUAAAACUAAGUAGGUGCCACACAGAUCUUGGCAACCUGGGUUUGAUUCUUGCCCUUUGGUUCAUAUCAUGCAGAAUAUGGACUUGCAGUUUUACAUUGUAGUAGGUGUGUGUGUGUGUGUGUGUGUGUGUGUGUGUUGCAGUGUAUUACCUCCAUGUCCAAGGUGUUUUCCUGCCCUGCACCCAGUUACUCUCAUGGUAUUCACAAACUAAAAAAGGGUGAUAUCAUUUUUCAUGUAAUUUCUAUGUUUUACCACUGCUUCAUCCUGGUCAGGCAGUUGUAGCCUAGUGGUUAAGGUACUGGGCUAGUAAGCAGAAGGUUGCUGGUUCAAACCCCACCACUGCCAGGUUGCCACCGUUGGGCCCUUGAGCAAGGCGCUUAACCCUCAAUUGCUGGGACUAUAUACUGUAAUUCGCUUUGGAUAAAAGCGUCUGCUAAAUGCUGCAAAUGUAAAAUGGUCAGGGUCACUAUGGGCCCGGUUUCCCCGGAAGCACUGGGUUCAAUGCAGUAACACACCCUGGACAGUACGUCAAUCCAUCUCAGGGCCACAGCCACCUCCCACCCUUCCUCAGACAUACAAUCAUGUCUGUAUGUAGAAGUCCAGUGAGUUGAUAGCGCAGCGAGGGAUUCGAACCCCAGGUCCCAGAGGUAGUGGGGUAGCGUAAUGUACUGAAUCACCACCUGAGCGCCCAGAAUAAUAUAAUUAUUACUGUAAUGAACUAAAAUAAUCAUAAUUACAGACAGAUGAUACAUAUUUAACGUGACACAAUGUGAAGCGCACACAGCAUUUUGGUUUGCUUCUAAAAAUACAGUGUAAAACAUUCAGAAGUGCAGAAACGUUUUUUAUAGUUAAAAUAAUACGAUUUUAAUAUUAUUAAAUAUUAUAUUCAGCGUUCUCAGCCUGAAAAGUGUCCAGGAAAAGCAGCUCAGGGAUUUAGGCCACCCAGAAACACCAGCCACACGGCAGGAAUCCACCCUAAACAGGGCACCACAUUCACUACAUGUCAUCACACACACACACACACAUUAGGUUGCCUGAUUUCGGGAGUUGGUAGUAAACCAGUCAUGGUGACAUGAGGAGAACAUGCAAAACUCCUUACAGUGACAGUGGAGGAUUGAUCACAUUUUGCUGUGCUCCACCCACUCAACUGCUCCACUAAUAAUAAUAAUAAUACUUCCAUUAUGAUGUUUUACUGCUGCUUUACCCUGAUCAGGGUUGCAGUGGGUCUGACUUUCCUGAAAUCACUGAGGCCACUGCAGUAACACAGUCCGGUCCUCAGCCAUCCCCCCUCAGACAUAGUCAGUCAUGUCUGUAUGUAGACGCCCGACCGGCCGAUAUCACAGCUGGGGAUUCAAACCCUGGAUAAUACUAGUAUUACUCAAAAUAAUAAUAACAAGAAUAAUAGUAUUAAUAAUAAUAAUGGUAAUAAUAAGAAUAUUAUUAAUAAUAGUAUUAAUAAUAAUAU